GGGACAUCCGGAGCCAAUGCCUCCGAUCGAGCUUUCCACUCCUCGACGGGCUAAUCGUGCCUCUUCCCCUGCGGUCGUUAUCUUUCUGAACAAACGUCUACUGUUCGUGCAACAUCCACGGGUCGACCUGCUAUGGUGGCAAAACAACCAGCACUGAUACCAUCGAUUAAGCCAUCACAAAAACCUGUUGUUGCUUCAAUGAGAACAGACUCCCCUGUUGUUAGUCGAAGAGACAAAAGGGUGUCUGUUGAUUUGGGGAGUUUGAAUAUGAGAGAAACCAGCAGCAUGCGACCCUCUUCUGCUUGUCAGGAUGAGGUUGAUGAGCAACGUAUCGAAAAUGAAACUACUACUGAAAAGCUUCAACUUGCAGAGGAAAGGGCUGCUGAAGAAGAAGCACGAACAAGACAACAUGAGAGACAGGUUGCAUCACAUGGUGACCAUAUAUCCUUACAUGUUCGCACUAGUAGAAAGGAAGGAACUCGGCCAAAAAGAGAGCCUGCUCCGAGAGCUUUUGCACGAAAUAGCUUUGCAAAAAGAGAGGAGCCAGGACCCCUUAAGUGGGAAUCGAAGGUUGUGAGGGAUGAUGCAGCGUCUGUUGGAACACUUCAAGAAUCAGAAUCUGAAAUUAAAUUUCUUAGAACAAUGGUACAGAAAAUGAUGUUGAAUCAAGAACAAAAGGAGGAGGUGGUUCUCAAGAGGUGUUGGCUUGCUCGAUAUUGGAAAUUAUGUGCUCACCAUGGAAUUUAUGCAGAUGUUGCCGAAAGAAAGCAGGAAUAUUGGUCAUCAUUGGCUCCCCAACCAAUGGAAGUUGUCUUGUCUGCUGGCGAGAAGGCAAGAGAUGGGCACUCAUCAGAUAAAGCUGAUGAAGAUGAUGAAAAAGUGUCAUUCGACAUAAGCGAUCUGGCUGGAGAGGGAAAUAUCGAGAACAUGCUUUUAGUUGAGAAGGGCCUGCGUGAGCUUGCUUCAUUAAAGGUAGAGGAAGCUGUCCUGCUUGCCAUGGGUCAAGAUCGACGUGCAAAUGUUAAGGCUGGUCAAUCUACCUCAGGUGCAACACUUUCAGCUGAAGGUCCAAAUACUUUAGAACAAUUUGAAUUGUCUGAAGAGGAAUUGGAAGAUGUGCACUUCAAGCAGGCUUGGUUGACAUACUUCUGGAGGAGAGCCAAGAAUCAUGGCUUGGAGGAGGACAUUGCAGAUGACCGUCUGCAGUUUUGGAUUGAGCAGACCAUGCAUUCUCCUACCUCACAAGACGCAGUAGAAGUUGAACGAGGGCUUUUUGAGUUAAAAAAGUUGGGAAUCGAAUCCCAAUUAUGGGCCGCAAGUAGGAGAGGAAAUGACUCAGAUUCCAGUGAUCGUGGAAGUCAGGCAGGCUCAGAGAAUUGAGUAAGGGGACUAAAUUACAGAUUGUUGAAAAAAUGUUUUGGAGCUUAUUUAGAUUGGCUCUGAAGUGACUUCCAGAUGUUCAAGAGAGGAUGCUUGGGUUGAAGAAGAUUUCGGUAUCAGGAUACCUGAAAGAGUCUGAAAUCCCUCUGAAAGAAAGAAACAUUCAGAAGCGUAAACAGACGAUUUUUCUCCUUAAUUUUAGAACAACCGCUAUAUUUUAAUGUUAGCGCGGCAUGAACAUGUAAAAAGAAUUAAAGAGUUUCUAUUCCUUGUACAGAGAGAGGACAUUUUAUUUUUCGGAAUUCCAAUAAUUCAUCUUGUGAUUCUAAAUCAAUUCCGAAAUGUAAAUUUUGAAGAAUAACUAUAAACCUGUUUAUUGAAUUUAUGCUUGAUAUUUUGAUCUGUA